GGACGAUACAGUCCACCAGGCGCUGCUUUUCGUCUAGCAGAGGGAUAAGAGCAGGAGGAGGCUCUAGCUAGAGAAAGUGAGCAGGAGAGUGGCACUGCAGAGAGCCGGCAGAGUACCACUCCAUCUCCCAAAGCUUUUCUACGGGGAACCUCUCGGCAGGUACCGCAAGAGCAGCCCGGCAUGGAUGUCUUUAAGAAAGGGUUUUCCAUUGCAAAAGAGGGUGUGGUGGCGGCCGCAGAAAAGACCAAGCAGGGAGUGACCGAAGCUGCAGAGAAGACCAAAGAAGGGGUGAUGUAUGUAGGUAAGAGUCUCUUCCUAUUACUAAGAGAUCUCUGCCUAUUAGGAGUGGCUGUUGCUGCAAUGCAACGGGGGGGGGGGGGAGAGAAAUCCACAUUUGCUGGGUGACCUUGGGGAAUGACGCUACCUUUUCCAUACCCCAGGGGCAGGUAGUCAUAUUUUCAAAGAGGGUAAAGUGAAGGUGUCCCAUAAUAUGUCCCUUGAUGAACUAGUUUUGGAAAUAUAAAGCACAUGGCAUGGUGAGAGUGAUGCCAACCUCCCCUGGACCUGUGCUUUUAGCAAGGGUUUGAAAUGCACUGAUGUAAAGGCUGCGGUUUUCUGUAUGCACUUCUUUUGGAGUACAUCCAGGGAGCAGGACUUAUUUCUGGGUACCUCUGCAAAGGAUGGAGGGGCAGGCAAGCAAAGCUCUGCUCCAGGAGAAAGCUUCACCUAGGAGCAGAGGUAGGAAAAAGGGUGGCUAACCUGAGGGAGAUCAUUUAUGAUUCAGCAUUUAAGUCAUUAUAGGUCAUCCCUUUCAUGAUGCACCGAUCUUCCCAAAGAUUUGCAAGGGGUAUGAAUGAAUGAAUGAAUGAAUGAAUGAUUUUGGUCACAGACUAGUUCCAGCCCACAUACAAUACCAAGGAAGUCAUAAAAACACGAUAGGGAUACACUUGAAUUUGCAAUUAGGAAGAUUUGCAAGGGGGUCAAGUGGCUGCCACGGUGGGUGGUGGGUGCUUUGUAUAUAUAUAUAUUUUUAAGCGCUUUUCAGCCUUGCCUUGGUUUUUGCAUUUAGUUGUGCAUCAUUUUCCCAGCAAAAGGAGCUGCUCUGAUGCAUUUAAUUGGCUGACAACAAAGUAGUAGCUUGUGUUAUCAAUUAAGGGCUGCAGAAGUUCUUGCUCCUUCUAGAAACUCAGUGGAAUUUGGCUUCAAUUUGCCCUGCAAGGAAGAUAGCCAAGUUGCCCUUGAAGCCAGGCACACAGUGGAGAAGCAUUUAUGAACAUGGCCAUGGUCUGAGACUAGAUGAGGGAUUUGUUUUCCUUUUUUGUAGCCUUUUUUUAAAGGCUGCAACCUCAUCACUGUAGGAGUAAGCCACGUUGACUUCAAUGGAAUUGACUUCUGACUAGACAUGCAUGAGUUUGCACUGUAAGUUCCUUCGAUGUUUCCCAUUCCACAGGGAGACUGCUGUUUUUACGAUGCUCCCCAGAAGGGUGCAAGCUGCUAUUCUCUAUAAUAGAAACAUUCACCCUCCAAAAGCCAUGAGCAUGUCUGAAAGCACAUAGAAACUGCGACAAACCGGUGUUCUGAAACUCAGCUGGAACCACUUGUAAUCCUGUUAGUAGCAGAUUUGCCAGGGUCUCCAAUGGCCAGAGUUGGAAAGGUAGUCAAUAACUUAUCAGAGCUGGCUCCUUCCAUUUCAAAGCAAAAAUAGAAAAUAAGUUCUCUCAGCUCAAAAGCAAAAUGUUAAGGCUGCAACAUCCUCCUUAAAGACUUCACAGAACACUUUGAAAAAUGACAUGAAAGGUUCCUUCCUACCCUCCUCUCAAAUUCUCAGUGCUGCUGGUGAUUUUACUCUAGUACUGUAGUCCUCAAUCACUUCAGUCACAUGCUCCCAAGAACCACUUUUUAAUAUUUGAGGCAUCUCCAUUCUUCUUCCUUGGGUGUCCACAGGAUUUUUUUCCAAUGGGAGAGGGAAAAAUUUGAACACCAAAAGAGGGAGCAAGCUAGUUUCUCACACACAAAACAAGAGGAAUAGUAUGCGUGCAUUUUGCUUUGUAUCUCAGGAUGUACAAAUGCUGGUUUAAAUGAAAGCUGUCAGUCUAGAUAUUAUGGUUCAACUCCCCUCUGUGGACACCUAGGCAUCCAUCUUCCUUUCUCUGUUGUGGUCCCCUCUCUCGUCUCCCCUCUUCAUCCUCUUAGAGCGGAAGUGCCCAUUCAUCACCUUGGCAAACACAUUUGCUUUGUUACAGUCAUGUGGAAUGGGAGGGAGAUGGUCACAUUGUAGCAUAGCUGUCAACCUACAGAUUUGAAAAUAAGGGACCAGCAGCCAAAAUAAGGGACCUGCAGCCUCACCUGUUCCAGGCACUCCAGUCUUCCUGUCCUCCUGCAGUCUGGUCAAACUCAUGCUGGUAGCUUCAAGAACACUGUCCAACCAACUUUGUAACCAGAGGUUCAACUGAAUAGAAUCUGAAUCACAUGCACCACAAGGCCUAUGCAGCCUCAACUUAAGAUGGCUCCCUGGCCUAGCUUUGCACUGCAAAGUUUGCAGCAGCACGUGCAACAAAAUGGCGUCCAGCAUUCAAAAACCCGCUCAGCUUGCAUUAACUAGCCACACACAAGGCAUGCAAGCUCCACCCCCCAGUCGUUCUUAGACUUCUUAUUGGGUGAGCAACACAGCCAAGCAACACAGUUGGAGCCUCCCUCCUCCCUGGCUGGCAGGGAGGGAGGGAGAGGAGCUGCUUCCUUUGAAAUUUAAGGGACAUCAUUUAAGGGACAUCUAUCAAUAAGGGACAGCAGCGGGACAUGGUGCUGGAAUAAGGGACUGUCCCUUCAAAUAAGGGACACUAGACAGCUAUGCAUUGUAGGUCAAGAAACAGCUGAAAACCAGUGCCCAGGAGAAGCCGCUCCGUUCAGCUCUGCAGAUUCAGGCUGAAAAUUUCACGAGGACGGAAAAGGCUUGCAUUCACAGCUUUGCUUCUGAAGUUUGCCUUCUCUGCCCUUCAGAUCUGCAAUGAUCUGACGUGGCCUUUAGAGAUAGAGCUCUGCCACCAGUUCUGAAAGCUGCUCCUGAGUGAUGCAUUGUUGCGGGUCGAAAUGGUCCGUUUAAAUACUAAGAACAAUAAUUCGUAACUGAAGCUUUUCAGUACUAAAAAGUGCCAGAGAGGGGCUAUUGGAGGAGAAAGACUGAAGAGCUGUGAGAGAUGUUGAAGCUGCAUCAGGAAGCUUAAAACAAGAUUGUCAGCGGUAGAUUAUCAAGUAUUUUCCAGCCCUCUUGGGCACAGUAGGCUGCCUUUUCUGAUUACAGGCGCUCUAUAUCCUCCCUGCUCAGCCAUGGUAAUUGCAUCCUUCUGAGCAAAAGCAUCAGACUUGAUCAGUGGUGGUGCAUCCUUACUGUGGUUUGGUUUCAAUAAGGGCUGGCCCAGGACAUUUUUCAUCCUAAGAUGGAGCAGCAAACCCACACCACACCCACAGACCCACACCCACACACCCCAUCAAGAUGCAUAGUAUUCUUCAAAACCAGCCAAGUUAUUUUGGCACCUGAGGCAGAAAAUCCCACAAGCACCUCCCCCUGGGAGGAAAAGUACAAUAACAAUGAACAGAAUCACUUAACAAUGCGUUGCUCUUUCAUGACACCCGUAAUCUGCUGCCAGAGGCAGCUGACUCACUCUGUGUAAUGGUAGGGCGGCCUAGACGCAUGUUUUAGGAUUCCGAUUCUGCAAUAGCAGCUGUCCUAUCAGAACUGCAGUGGUCACCACACUGUUAUCUGCAUCGCCUUUCUUGUUAGCUAUGUGUCUGGGAGGGGUAACCCAAAAGCAUGGCCUUUUCUCAAACCUACAAUAAUAUUUUUAUUAUUUAUAACCCACCCAUCCAGCCACUCUGGGCGGCUUCAAACACAUAUAAAAACAUAAUAAAACGUCAAACAUUUUAAAAACUUCCUAAUACAGGGCUGCCUUCAGAUUCUGGCAAAAAAGUUUCCUGUAUAUUUCACAACUUUAUACAAGGGGAUUUUUAACAGGGGCAGCUCUCCUCAGCUUUGCAUGACCUAACAAAUUUCCUGCUUCUGCACAACUUUUGAAGGUGCACGAAGGAACUCUGCCUGCUUCUGGAUCUAGCUGACUUCCCAGCAUGACAAAGAUUCAUCUGCCUAUCCAAUGGUUUUUUUGAAUGACCAUGACAAAGCCCUGCAUUUAGGCCAGGGACAUCUUUUAAGGAAAGCAGUACAAGCCUCCUGCUGUGUGUCAGGCUAUAUAUCACUAGCUGUAGGGCUAAGAACAUAAGAAGAGCUGGCUGGAUCAGGCCAAUGGCCCAUCUAGUCCAGCAUCCUGUUCUCACAGUGGCGCACGAGAGGCCUGUGGGAAACCAGCAAGCAAGACCUGCGCACAAGAGCCCUCUCCUCACUUGUGAUUCCCAGCAUCUGGCAUUUGAGAGCAACCUGCCUCCGACAAUGGAGGUGGACAGUUCAGGGAUUCCGGCCACAGACUUUUAAAUCUCCCACUAAAGGAGGAAAUAAGGCUUCUACUGCCUGGCUCCCCUCAUUUGCUAUUAUGAGCAUGGCUGCAAAUACAAAAACAUAAUAAAACAUCAAACAUUAAAAACAAAGUAAAUGGGAGAAAUUGUACCAGUGGCUCCCGUGAACCAAAAAAACAGGCCCAUGUAGUAGCCAAAGGGCGCAAAUCCUUUUGCAUUUAAAAAAAAAAGGGUGACUUUAGCCUGUGCAGAUAACAUUUAACAGCCGCAAAACUAGGGCUUUUAAAAUACACUGCUUCUUUCUGAUUUAAUCUUAACUAGCUAAGUCUGACCUUGGAAGUUGCCACAUCUAUGAAAAUUUUAGCACAACAUACUUCCAUUGAGAAUUGCAGACUGGGAGUGGGGUUUGCAUCCUAACCUGGAGAAGCUCUUUGAUCCAACGUGAGGGAAAAGUCCCUCUUUCCCUUGGGAUCUUAGCAAACCAGUCCCUUUCCUGGAGAUAUUCUUGGCCUUGGCAUCAAAUCAUGCCGUUUAUUAGCAGCCAGUUUUUUGCUGCACUGAAAGGGAUUUCUGGCAUAUCCCUCAAGAUCCCUAUUGACUAAGCACAAGUAGCGAUACUGAUGAGUCACUGCAGAGAUGGAGAAGAGCAGUGGCUGGUCUUGCAAAGGCUGCUGCUGCUGCUGCUGCUGCUGCAGGAGGACACAGCAUCUCUCUGCCUAACUUGCAUACUCCGCCCCUAGGGCAAACACUCAAAGCUGAGUUGUUUUUGCUUCACAUGGUUAACACAAAUCUGACUGCACUGCAGCUUGAGUUGUGGUGCUGUUUAUGAGGCCUUGGCCUUUUUCGUUCUGCCAAGUGGUAAGUGGCUCACCUGAUAGGCUCUGCAAGUUGUUAGAGCAUGAGACCAGAGCCUCCCCAGAGUGUCCCUAUUUUCCAGGGACAGUCCUGGAUUUACAGAAGCCAUUCCAGUUUCCGAUUUGAUCCCAGAAUGCCCCGCUUCUUCCUAGGAUAUCCCUAUUUUCAAAAUGUUGGAGGGUAUGGUAGGACGUCCCUAUUUUCAUUGGAGAAAUGUUGGAGAGUAUGGACUUAUCCGACCCUCGAGCCAUCUGAAGGCAGCCCUGUAUAGGGAUUUUUAAAAUGUUUAAUGUUAAUAAAAUAAGAAUAAGAAUAAUAAUAGAAGAAGAAGAAGAAGAAGAAGAAGAAGAAGAAGAAGAAGAAGAAGCAGCAGCAGCAGCAGCAGCAACAGCAGCUGUCCCUAUUUUCAUCAGGGAAAUGUUGAAGCGUAUGUGAGGCUCUUAAUCUCAGGGUCGUGGGUUUGAGCCCUACAUUGGGCAAAAGAUUCCUGCAUUGCAGGGGGUUGGACUAGAUGACCCUCAUGGUCCCUUCCAACUCUACAACUUUAUGAUUAUAAUAUCCAAUAGGAGCAAUUCAGAUAAUGUAGCCAAGAUAUCUCCCCUCAGUGGCAGCAUGUACUUGCUCUUGUCAUGCUCUGUUCCUUAACCACCAGAGACCAGUCAGCCAAAUGAUGUUCCUAGCUGGUGAGCAGAAAUGGGGAGUUUAAAGCAUGGAGUAAGAGAUGCCUCUCCUGUGGACCAUUAAGGCUCUUGAGACCCCAUUAUCCUGCCCCUUGUCUCCACCCAUGCUAUAUUUUAGGACAUCUCCAUUGCAGAGCAAGGGACUCACAGAGACCAAAACUCAUCAUAACAAAAAUAUGAAGAUGGAAGAGCAAAGUUUUAUGGACAGAUUGCACAAUGGGAAGAGCUGGGAGCUGAAUUUCUGGCCUGGGGCAAAUUUGAAGAGAAGGCAGGGCAUACAGCCUGUAUCUCUGGAAAAGGAGAGCUAGCAAGGACUAAGAAAUUCCAGACUGAGAAAUAAGGUAAUACAGUGAAGAUGAGAGCAGAAAUGCUACAACAGGGUAAAGUUAUGUGGGAACAGCCUUCAUUCUCCCUCAUCAAUAGACCCUGGUGUCGACCCAUUCUGAGGAUCUCUUUGAGGGCUGGCUCCAGGUUUGAUCUCUGCCAAGUACCAUUCUGUGAGGGAGCCUUCCAGUCACUAAGAUCCUGUGCGCUUAUCCAUUUAUGUAACUGCAAUGGGCAUCAGGUGGCUUGGGCCUACUAUUAAAAUUUCCCACAAUGCCCCAGAUCAGCGCUAUACCAGCAGCAUUAUGGGAAAUCAAAAUGGCUGUCAGCUGCCUAAGGUUUCCGGGCCUAGCACACAAAAAAUUGCUCCACUCUCUGUGUGUGAUGUUUUGCACACACACCCCUCAAGUUCAUUUAUGAAAAAAAGAAAGAAAAGAGAGCAUGCUUUCCGACAGCCAGCUGUGGCGGGGAAUCGGUUGACUUUGUAACCUUAUACACCCAAGCUGCAGGCAAAAGUUUAAGCUGCUGGAACAACACCCAUUUUGUCUUUGGUUGGCAACAGCUGUACUUUGUUGGCAAAGCUUUGCGCUGGCAGGUCGGGUUUCAUGCCAUGCAUAAGGCGAGCGUGAAGCCUGACUCACUGGGUGUGGUCCUUAAAGAACACAGAGCAGACCAGACAAGCUCAGAAUAGCAACACCAGAGCUGCCUUCUCCUGGCUUUUGCAGGGACUUUCAACUCAGUAACUGUGUGAGACUCCUCACUCACUGCUGUUGCUAGUCCCUCCCGGAUAAUCUGAAGGAGAUGGUGCCAGUAAGGUCAUGUAGUAGUAGUAGUAGUAAUAAUAAUAAUAAUUUAUUAUUUAUAUCCCCCCACCCCAUCUGGCUGGGCUUCCCCAGCCACUCUGGGCGGCUUCCCAAAAAAUGUUAAAAUACUGUAAUACAUCAAACAUGUACAUAAUACCGUUUCCUCUGGCUCUGGUGCAUUGUUUCAAAAUGCAAGGCGCAUGGGGCAACGCAUUGCUGAAGGCCAGAUCCACGGCCCCUGUGGUUGCCUGACCUUGCCUCACGGGUGGACCAGCCCUGCUGGACCCUUUAAAAGGCUAGGCACAGCGCUCAUUUGGCCGUGGCAUUCAUCAAGGGUUUAAAUUCCUAUGGAUGGCAGUGGAUCGAGGCUGCAGCGUUCAUGUGUGGCUGUGCUAACCUUUCAAUGCUCUUUAAAACCUUCAAAGAGAAUCAAAUGAUGCACACAGAUUCACAAUGCCGUUUUCAGUCAACUCACCAGACAGGCUAGGGCUUGUUAUGCUCCUUUGUUAUUCCUACAGGCUUAGUUUCCCUUCCAGGCUUACAAAAAAAAAAAGCACAGGGGGUGGGGUGAGUGAUCUGCUUCUCCUUGAGGGCUGAGCUAGCUUUAUCCACGAACCACCCCUUCCCACUUUAUUUAUUUGUCAUUUCCAUUUCUAGCCUGCCCUUCAUUAAAUUCACAGUCCCAGAAUUAGGUUGAAACGUGGAGGAGAAAUCACGGGUGCAGCUUUGUUGUCAACUCAGGGGCACAGUGUGGGGAGGGCUGCUGGGGCAAUUGCCCUGGGCGCAUUUUUCGGGGUGGGUGUGUGCCACUGCUCCCGCCGCCCUCCCUGAGCCAGCCUUAGAUUAGAUCUCAGUUUUGCAAAGUACCUCAGGGAGGGCGGCCUGAGAAGGAUGCAAUAGCCACAUGCCCUUUGACCCUGGCCGCACAAGGUGGCGAGGCUGGGAUCAAGAGGUACGUGGCUAUUGUGCCCUUCUACAUGCCACCCUCCUCAGAUCCGAGCUUCACAAAGCCACUCAGGGAGGCUGGCAUGAGCGUGCAACAGCUGUCCAGAGGCAUCGACGGCUGGGCAGGCAUUGUGGGCUUCCUCCGUUCCUCACCUCACUUCUGGCACGCAUGCGCAAAGACACAUACCCGUCCUGGGCGCAAGGAGAAAAAAAUUGCCUGGCCAGCUGAUUUUUGGUUUUGCGGUCAACUGGCAGCAAAUUCAAAUCCCCAGCACUACCUCUUUUUGAAAAACAACAACAGUAUACCUUAAGUUUGAGCUCAUCUAUAGCUAACCAAUGUUUGAAGGGCUACCUCUGCAUUUAAAUGUGUGGUUGCGGUGGGAAGAAAUCACACUAUGCUUGUGUUAACACAACCAACCAAAUCAGUCAUGGAAGAUUUCAUACCACUCUGUGGAUAGUAUUCAUACUCCCCUCCAUUAUUAUUAUUAUUUUAAAAACUAACACUAUACCACUUUCAUACAGUCCAAAGACUCCUUUUAUUUAAUACAUGGAUAAACUUGAAAGUCCACGCUUUCAGUUACGCCACACAGACACACAGCAACCCUCUCCCACAAAUACCUAUUUUCAAGUUUUACUGGCCUCUACCUAUCAAAUGAAGGGAUAUUUGGAAUUCUGGCGAACAGGUCACUUGAAAAUCUUAAAACAUAAUUAUAAAACAACAAUAAAGAUUUGAGGAUCAGUUUCAAAUGAGCUGUUUGAGGCACACUCCCAGUAGUUGUUUGUUUGCUUAAAAAAACAAAAACCUUGUUCAUGCUACAUCAGACCUAGUUUGUUGCAAUACAUGCUGAUAUGCAACAUGAUAUGCAGAAUUCUUUGAUAGCAACUGAUCUGUGAUUGUAAUCAUUAUCAAGAUUGAUUGAUUGAUUGAAUCCCCUGGUGUGAACUAGAGGUGGGUGAAUCUGUCCAUUUCAGUUUCUCUCCUUUUCUCAUUUUUCCCUUCUUAAGUUCAGUUCUCCACAUUUCUGUGAUUUUUUUAAAAAAGCCCUCACGAAAAUUCACCAGUAUUUGAAUGUGAAUUUCCCCUAAUAUGCUGUUUUGCCUAAUAGACACAUUUUAACAAAGCAAUUUCCCUAAAUUAGUGUGUUUUUGUAUCUUAUCUUCACUAACAUAGAUGCAUUUUUAUGGACGCUUUUACCUCAGCAUGUGGAUGUAUGUCAACAUUAUUUGGCUUAUGUGCACUGCAACAUUCAGAAUAGCUGUGCAUUUUGAUGGAUAGCUGUGUUUCAGUUCUUGUAUUAUUUCAGAAGGUGCAAAGUAAGUUUGCCCCAAAAUGCAAACUGAACGAAGCUUCUCCACUUUCCCUAGUGUGGAUGCAGCCUUAGCUGAUUUAGGAGGUACCAACCUCUUAUGCAAAAAAUACCCAAAGUCAAAUCCAAAGAACAAAAUGUCCAGCUUAGGGGAAGAGGUGGGUGGAGGUGGGUUUGUUGUGCAAGUGGGCCAAAUCCAUUUUAGUUGUGCAACCGCAAUUUUCUGGUAUGCGAUCAAAUCCUCCCUGCAAAAUAGCAACUGUCUAGAACCCCCCCCCCAAAAAAAACCCUUUCUCCUCUCUAUUCCCACCUCCCCACACGGGAAAAAAAGAUGCCCUCUAAAAGGCUUUUGUGUUGUACAUUUGUAUGGGCUCUCACCAUGCCACUUAUCUGAAGUGCCUUAUUGUCUUGGAUUCAGGAAUCUCUGAUGCUUUUGUGUGGGGAUGAAUGACUCAUCUGCACUUUGCCUAAGUAUGCCUUUGCUGUACAUACUGUCAUGCUACCGUGAAUGUCAAUUGAAGGCGCUCCUCCCCCCCCCCCCGUUUGUUUUUUUACAAAAAGAAAAGCACAAGGAUCAAUGAAAACAAGCCUGAAAAUACCUUUUCCUCCAUUUCACAGGGACCAAAACCAAAGAGGGCGUAGUGCAGAGUGUCACUUCAGGUAAGAUCAUUGCAAAUUCCCACGUUAUGUAUUGAAUUAGCAGGUUCCAUUUUAUGCCUUUGGUUCACUUCCAUGAGUGGCGUUUUUUUCUUAUACCUGUGACUACACUUACACUCUUUGACUACACUUGUUCCCAACAGAAUGGCUCAAUUGGUUAGAGCGUAGUGCUGGCAACGGCAAGGUUGCAGGUUCGAUCCCCAUAAGGGACAGCUGCAUAUUCCUGCAUUGCAGGGGGUUGGACUAGAUGAUCCUCAGGGCCCCUUCCAACUCUAUGAUUCUAUGAGAUUCUGUGAGAGCUGACAGAAAACAUUGCCACUUUCAAAGCAAGCAAGACUUUGGCAAGACUUUUACCAAAAGUUUAUAAUUAGGUCUCCCCCCCCCCCCCAAAGAGAAUGGUUUGCACUGUAGCUCAUCAGAUCUGCCUAUUUCUAUUUUAUGUUUAGUUGCUGAGAAGACCAAAGAACAAGCCAACCUGGUGGGGGAAUCUGUAGUGGCCAGUGUCAACACUGUGGCAAAGCAGACCGUAGAAGGAGCAGAGACCAUUGUCACCACCACUGGGGUUGUACAAAAGGUAGGCCAGAACAUAAGCAUCACAAACACAUGUUCCCCAAACUGGACUUGCCAGGUAAAGCCCAUGGUGGGGUAUUUGUAGCGGAAAGUAAGCAGGCUGGAUGGAUUAAUAACUCCUCACCCCUGACAACCUCACCUCUCAUCCUUCAGUCAUCUGAGAAAUAAACCUGGUGAACUCCAGAUACUUCACACAACAUCUACCAUUGUUCCUGACCACUGGUCAGUCUGGGUGGAGCUGAUGGGAGUUGUAGUCAAAAACCAGAUUGAGGAAGGUUGGUAUAGAUGGUUAGCACUCAGAAAUGUUCUUGGGCUGUGUACACUAUAGCUUUAAAGCACAUUCUUCCUCUCAAGGAAUUCUGGGCACUGUAGUUUAUCCUUCACAGUUACAAUUCCUGGCAACCCUUAACAAACUACAGUACCCAGAAUUCUUUGAGGGAGAAAAAGUCCUUCAGGUGUGCUUUGAAGGUUUAGUGUGUAAGCAGCUUUAGAUGACAUGGGGGAAAAGAGCAGGUGUUCUCAGUCCCAGGAUGGCUAUAUGCAUCUUCUUGGAGGGGGGGGGGCAGGAUAGCACCACCAUUGUCCAGAGUUCUUACACACUCCUCUUACAGAGUCUUCAUUUUCUGCCUAGCAUCUUGACAAACAGAGAAGAUGUUUGUGCUUCAGGGAAACCACAAAGCUUUUUCUUUCCUGCCCUGGCAUGUGUGAAUUUCAGUGCCAAACAACCUCCGUUUAACCGUUCUCGUCUCAGAAGGGGGAUCAACUUUUCCAUUCAGAUGAUGCGGCACAAAGCUUGCUUGCUGCAAUGCAGGCACCGACCACGCGUUCACCAGCCAAUGCUUGCUCAAUUUGUAAGGGAGCCGCGGACGCUGGACCAAUUAGGCAGACAGCAGAUGCUUGGCCUUGUUUUGCUGCAUCGCCUCAGUUCCAUUACAGUUUUAUUAAGGCUCAAGCCAAAGACCAGAAUACGUCAAAAAAUAAGUGAUAAAAUCACAACACACACGGCAAUAACACAUAUAUAUCCUAAAAUACAAUUUGAGAACAAUUGAUUCAGUAGAUUCUCUGUGACAUAGCCCUGAAACAAAACUCUCUGGAGUUUUUCCUCGCAGAGCAUAGAAAGCUAUGGAUCGCAUUUAAAAGUCACAUGGUGCAGGCAGUGGCAGACAUAGAGCAAAGACAACUAUCUUAUUGUCUGUGUAAAGAUAGCAACAUCAGAGGCAAAGGAACAUAUUCUCACCAUCUUCAGAAAUGCCACUCUUCAGUGGAUUAAAAAUAUGUGUGUACUGUGGCUGCUCCCAUCCUCUGCCACUUCUGGAAGUUCCACUGUGGGCAUGAGCUCAGGUAAAUAGUGUGUGUGGCCAAUUUUUGAGACACAAGGUUUCCACCCAACCAGAUUUGCACAAAACAGUGGGUUAAUAUUUAAAAAUUACACAUGUGGCCUCGCCAAGUCUCAGAAAACUGAGGUCCAUCGUGGGCAUGCAUUCAGGUAUCCUUUUUACCUGUGGAUGUGGCCAAUUUUGUAUUUUAUUUUUGAGAUACAACUGAAGUGCUGGCUGCCACUUGGAUGAGGACAACAUGAAAAGCAUGCCCACACAGGAUGCAGCAAAUCCACUUUCGGCAGCCACACUUCUACAGACCUAAGCUUUUGGUAUGUGCCUGAAUCCCUCUCGCAAAAUAGUGACAGUCUGCAGGCAGCCAGUGCGAAAUAUUGGGAGGGCAUGUGAAGAUAAAGGAAUGAUGGAAAGGCUCUUGUUUGAUACAACCAUAAGCGCUGCCCUGUCAUGUUCGGAGUUUGUGCUUCUAACCGGGGAAAACUUGUGAAGUUAUAAGAGAAGAGAGGAGAGAGAGGAAUUAAAUUAAAUAUAUAUUAUGCAAGCUGACACUCCUUCAUCCUGGAAAUGUGUCGGACGCUACUGUUCCAGUUCAGAGAAAGAGAAAAUCUCAAGAGGCUUGUUCCUGCCUGGUUAAAAAUAGAUUGGUGAGUCAGAGAAGUAAAAUCAUGGUGUGCGGAAUGCGGCCUGAGAAACAAACAGAAGAAGAUUCUCAAACACGUCACUCAUCAUUAGAUACGAGCUGAGCAUGCUGGGCAAUCACAGGCAUCUGAUUAAUUAGUUAUAUGUUAAUUUGAUUUUUAAGCCGUUCUCCAUGAACCCUGUUCCCAAGGGUGGUUUACCAUACCAAAGGUUGAUGAACUGAAACCACAAAAUGCCCCAACUUGUGUAAAACGUAUUUGAAAAAAAACAAGAACCGUACAUGGACAUCGGCUAAUUUCACUAGCCUUAUUGAAUCAAAGGCCUGGAUGGAGGAGAGAGGUUCAAAAGCCUGAUGGAAAUCGUGUCAGCCGCACAUCCAAAGAAGGGGGUUCCAUAGAAGAGGGGCCACUACAGAGGAGGCUCUAACUUGUGUCAUUGCAUUAUGGGUUUCACCCAGUAACGGGACAUUUUAAACACACACUUGUCCUGUUCCCAUAUAAAGAAGGGUGGGUGGGUGGAUGUGUGACAGAGAGAGAGAGAGAGAGAGAUUUCCCCAAAAGGAGCAUGUAAGAGAAGAGUGUAAAACCUUUCCUUACCUUGCUGUGCUCCAUGGAUUUAAGCAAUUCCCUCUCUUCCCAGCUCACUAGUACUAUCUGGGGAAAACAGCUUAAAAGCACAUUAAGGAGACAUAGGAUGGGUUUUGCUCCUCUUCUUCCACCAGCACAUGCUCCUUCUUUUCAAAUGCAUUUCAAACCCCCUUGGCUUUACAGAGGAAUGAAUGCUUAAAAUACGCAGUUGUCCAACGUACCCAGCUUAGCCCUGUCAGAGAGUGACAUUUCUUACUGAUCCUCAGCCUCAGUGUCCUCAGUCUAGUCCUCACCAGCCUUCAAAUUUGUGUUCAGAUUCAAAUUUGAAAUUCCAAAUGAGGCAAUUUAUCAGUGUGCAUGUUUCAUUUCUGAACCUGAAUAUUUCGGGUUCUAUCUAUCUAUCUAGUUCUUUACUUGAAUACGUAUUAUCACCACCACAAACCAUACAUUUCAAAAAUUCAACAGUAAACAUACAAGGUCCAGUUAGAGGGAAAUUAUGUAUGCAGUACACAAUUGUAGGCAACCGCCAGAAAAAGCACAGAAUGGGAUACUGGGACUAGGCUUCUUGAUAAACCCCCGUUUUAAUUUUGAAAACUAAAGUUCCAUUGCAGGAAUGGGAAAGCUGUGGCCCUCCAGACGGAACGCCAUUUGCCAUGAGCCCCAGCCAGCAUGACCAGUGGACAAGGUUGAUGGGAAUUGUAGGCCAGCGACAUUUGGAGGGCCACAAAUUCCCCAUCCCUGAUUCAUAGGCUUCGUAGUAUUUGAGCAAUCAAUCAAUAUACUGCCCUUCACCAAACAUCACGGGGGGGGGGGGUUACAACAUAAAGGAACAAAAUGCUAAUAAUAAUAAUAAUAAUAAUAAUAAUAAUAAACGCCACACACCCCACACACAUUUAAAAGGCCAUAGAAUUGACCAGAAUGUGUGGCACGUCUCAGGAGCCAAAGAGGAAUGUCAGUGCAAUUGCGAGUGGUUUCAUUGACCCUCCCUGUGGUGUGUUAGUCUGCCUGUGUCUCAGAUCUACCUAUGUAUAUAUAGAGAUAUAGAGAUAUAGGAGCUGCAACAGAACAGGACGAGGAGGAAGUGCUAGGAAGGAGCAGCAGGGGAGGAAGGAGGAAGCAGGCACAAUAGUCAAGCUUCCCCCUGGUGGCUCAGCGACUGGCGAUGACCUACUCUCAAAACAAUAAAUAUACUGACCUACUGGCUUGAGGAAGGGGAAAACACCAUGGGGACAGCGACCAUUAUUUAUAGGGGCUGUAAGAACUAGAUGGAACUAAUCUAGGAUUGUAACAUAGGCUCUAACAGUUUCUGUUUGGCAAAUAUCCGUUCCCCUGCCCCUAACACCCCACUCAAGCGCCAUCAGAAACCUUCUAGAACAGUCCAAACCCCUGUAGUUAUUAUGUCAUCUCUCUGACCAAGCUGAACAGAGCAUCUGUUCUUGCUAGACACCAAAGUGCCCCUUUGCCGGAGGUAAAACAAUGAAUAUGCAUCCAACCAGGAAGAGGAAAUGGGUAUGUGAGCCCAGCCAGCCAGGUCUGCUGCUGCCUGGGGGUCUGGUCAUGGGGAGCUGGUUCAAUGCCUUCCAUUGCCAGCCUGAUUUUCCUUUGAGGUUGCCAACUCCCCCCUGCUCCCCCCCCCGCCACCGCCAUAAUGGACUGGUUUGCUCUUGAACACUGAACAGCUUGGCAUUCAGAAAUCAGCAGGUGACACUGUGGGGAGGUAAACAGUUUGCCUGGCUGAUGUCUGCACAGCAAGAUGGUGGAAGCUGGUUGGAAAGCUGCCAGAUUUCAUUUUUGUCGCAAGAACGUUGCAUAACCUUGAAAGGGAUUCAGCAAUAACCCUGCUAAGGAGAGGCAGUGAGGCCAAGUGGGCAGAGAUCUUUUGAGAUCUGGAUCCAGAGAAGUCUCACUUCAGCCUUUUUCCCCUGAUGAUAAAAAAACAAACAACUCUGCAAUAGUUCCUCAAUAUGCUUCUGCAGUAUGUUCCUAUUUUCUAGGGAUAGUCUCGGGUUUACAGAAGCCGUCCCGGUUUCUGAUUUGAUCCUGGAAGGUUCUGCUUUUCCUUAGGACGUCCUUAUUUUCACCGGAUAAAUGUUGGAGGGUAUAGAGUUAUGUGACCCACCAAGCCAAUGAAAUAAGUAACUAUACAACCUUUAGAAGACAUCUGAAGGCAGCCCUGUAUAGGGAAGGUUUUUUAAAAAUGUUUAAUGUUUUAUUGUGUUUUUAUAUAAGUUGGAAGCUGCCCAGAGUGGCUGGGGCAACCCAGUCAGAUGGAUGGGGUAUAAAUGAUCAUUAUUAUGGAUUAUUAUGUCCCUAUUUUCACCGGAGAAAUGUUGGAGGGUCUGCUCUUGCCCUCCUAAUGCUCUGCCUUGUGGUUUACGUCCCACAGGAGGACUUAGAGCACCCAGUGGAAUUUGAAGAGCCACCUGCUGCCACUGCUGAAGAUGACGCCCCAGUGGAAGCUACAGAAAUCAGUGCAGAGGUAAAGCACAGCCACAGCCCAGCUAACCCCAGAAUCCUUGGCUGGUCUGGGGUUUUUCUCGCCAUCUAUUGCUCUUUCCUUACUUUCUCUGUGCUGAGCUGGUUUCCAUUUCUUUUCUGCAUACAGGUGAUUUCAGAUCUUUUCUCUGCUGAUCAUAAUGCCAAAAAUACUCCCCUUUUGUUUGUCUUUCCAGCUACAAGCCCAUUCCUGGCCUGUCUGGCUGGAAGCAGAUAGUUGUCAUCAAAAUAAAAUAAAAUAAAAAUAAUACCCUGCCCAAUAGUUGGAAGUGGGUCAGAUUUUCUCCCCAUUGCAUACAUGCACAUUUACUUUGUCCCAGGCUGUGAAAACAUACCCCCUGGGAACUGUAGUUUACUUCUCAUACUGCAACCAUUCCCAGCAUUCUUAUCAAACUACAGUUCCCAGGAUCCUUUGCGGGAAACUCACGUGCUUUGAAUGUAUGGUGUGUAUGCAGCCCCAGUGCUGCAUCUCGGCAAAUGGGUUUUACAGAUUUCUCAAAUGAUGCAAAACCCUAACUUUUCUAUCAAAUUUAAAAGUAGAACAGUGUACAUAGCACAAACUGCCUGCAGCUUGGGGUGGGGUCAAAAAAGAACGACUAUCUGUUUCCAGUCUUUGCUUACUAACCUCAAACUACUUACUGGGGUGAUUCUAGAAUGAGUAGUUUGUAGCUUAAGAGCUGACUUUGAUGGAGCAUUUUUCUGGACCAAGUGACCCCUUGAUAAUGCACUGGGCGUAUUUGUUUGUGCAUAUAUUAAAUCUUAGCAUAUAUCAACUUUUUUCACUAUUUCAUUUUUUUAAACCAUUUUUUAAAAUUAAGUUUCAAAUGCAACUUUUUUUCAAACAACAAACACACACAAUAUAAAUCAUUCAUCCAUGGGCAGGUAAGAAAUUCUAGCUAUAAUUCAUAACUCCAUUCGAAUCCUAUAUGAAUAUACCAAAUCUAUCACUUUAACCAAAAAGGGUGUUAGAAGAAAUACUUUGCAAGGAAGGAAAAUUUAUAAUUCAGGUUCAUUAUAGCCUAUAAAACUAACUGAGUCACAUUCUGGUGGACCUAAGUUCCAGGACAACAAAACCUAGAAGGUUAACCAGAGGGAAAAUGGCUAGCUCAUAGGAUCCCUAGUACAAGCCAAUAACGUUAGCUGAUGCAAAGCUCAGAAGGUACCUUCAGCGCAUUUUGGGGAAUGGUACAUCUCAGGAAAAGUUAGUGUGGUGUUCUUCGGAUUUGUUGGACUCCGUUUCCCAUCCGUCCCGGUCAUCAUGGCUGAUGGCCAGAAACGAUGGGAGUUGAAGUCCAACAAUAUCUGAACUGCCAGCUUUCCCCCUUCCAUGAUUGAAUAAAGCAAAUGAACUCAGGUAUCUGGGGUGCUUACUGCACCUUGUCCCCAUUGUUUUGCCACACCAUUUCUUGAUCAGGUAGUGCCGCCAGUGUGGUGUAGUGGUUAAGAGUGAUAGACACGUAAUCUGGUGAACCGGGUUCGCUUCCCCGCUCCUCCACAUGCAGCUGCUGGGUGACCUUGGGCCAGUCACACUUCUUUGAAGUCUCUCAGCCCCACUCACCUCACAGAGUGUUUGUUGUGGGGGAGGAAGGGAAAAGGAGGUUGUUAGCCGCUUUGAGACUCCUUAGGGUAGUGAUAAAGCGGGGUAUCAAAUCCAAACUCCUCCUCCUCCUCCUCCUCCUCCUCCUCCUCCUCUUCUUCUUCUUCUUCUUCUUCUUCUUCUUCUCCUGUGCCACCAAUUAAGGUGGGUUUUUUGUGUGUCUCUGUGUGUGCCCUUCUUCCCAAGAGCUUGCUUAGUGAUAGCACACCAAGUCAUCAUGUUAGUCCUCAGCUGGGGACCCCACCGAUGGUGCCAUGGUGUCCUUCCAGGUUGGAGAGACAGAUGAAGGUGAUUUCCAUUUGACACCCCAACCCAAUAGGAAGGAGGACAGUGGAGAAUCCCAUAAAUACAAAAAGGAAAGAAGAGAUAUAAACCAGGAAUGUGGGUAGGUGCCUUGUCUGCCAGCCAAUCAUCAGAGGAGAUUCCAGCAGCUGCCCUCCACUCACUGCUAUAGUUCAGAGCAAGUGAGUAGCAGAGCAUGAGACAACCAGCUGCUGCAGAGCAGAGACUAGUUGCUGAUUGCGGUGCAGAGCCAGUCUACACGUACAGAACCCUCAAACGGAGUUAAUUUGCAACUUGAAUUGUUUACAAGGGAAUUGCAUCCUCUGAACGGUUGCUGAAUGGCUCUGUGAUUCUUCACUGAUCAUUCAUUUAGAAACACAUUCUGCCUAAGCAAGAGCCUCCAAAUUCAAUGCCAGAUUUCCAGAGAAAGAAAGUUAUACGACGCUGUGGAACAGGCUUACUCUGACCCACCCACUGUUGGCCCCGACUCCCGACUGACGCAUCCCGUGAGUCAGGGCAGGCCUAAGACAUUCUGCUGCCUGAGGCAAAGGACAACAUGCCCUUCCCCCGACUGCACCCAUUCCAUUUACAAAAACCUGACAGGAAUGGCAUUUGCAGCAUCCUUCAAUACUGGCAAUAGAAAACAUGGUUGGUAAUACGCCACCCUGUGCAAGGCCAACAUUUGACUUCCUCCCCCAGCUCUCUUGGCUCUGGCUUAAGUCAGGCUUUGAGAAGGAAGUGUGAGGCUCUGACAGGGUCCUAGAGGCCUCCUUCAUCCUUCUCCAAGUCUGGUAAGUGCUUGCCCGGCUUUGGGAAGGAGGCAGGAGGAUUCUAGGACCCUGUCGGAGCUCUCACAACUCCUUCCUGCAGCCAGGCAAGUACAGUGGUACCUCAGGUUAAGUACUUAAUUCGUUCCAGAGGUCCGGACUUAACCUGAAACUGUUCUUAACCUGAAGCAUCACUUUAGCUAAUGGGGCCUCCUGCUGCCGCCACGCCGCCGGAGCACGAUUUCUGUUCUCAUCCUGAAGCAAAGUUCUUAACCUGAAGCACUAUUUCUGGGGUAGCGGAGUCUGUAACCUGAAGCGUAUGUAACCUGAGGUACCACUGUACUUACCAGACUUUGAGAAGGUGCCCUCCUCAGCUGUGCAGCCAUACUGCUCACACUGCCCUAAAUCCACCUCUGUAAGAUAGAAUGCUCUGGCACAGGGGUCAGCAAGGUUUACCUUGCCUGGGCCGGUUCACUCCAGCGGAGAUUACUCCGUGGGCCAGAUUGCACACGCGUCUGUGCAGACGCAAUUUCCGGCUGCACAGAAGCGAGUCACCACACCAUGCUGUGCACUGGGACUAGCCAAGCGGGUGGCUCGGUUCGGGGGUGGCUCGGGGGCUGGUUAAACGACCCCCGUGGGCCACUUGUGGCCCAAGGGCCUUAGGUUCCCGACCCCUGCUCUAGCACACCUGGGGGCAGCAAGCUAGUGUAAGGGGUACAAGAUAAGCUGUGUGAUGUACCCAGCCCUGUCCUCAUACAAGGCGGAUUGCCUAGGAGUUCAGGAGGAACAGCAUCUGUUGUCUGAGUCAAUUGCUCACUCUGCCCAAUGGAAGAGCCAAGUUACCCUAGAGAGGAAAUGUAUCUAGGAUGUCAGCAUUCAGCAAAUUUCAGGCACACACGGUAACAUAUAUACAUACACACACACCCCUCCAGAUUUCUCAGGGUCAUUCCACAUUUUCAUUUUUCUGCAUAACAAAUAUAUUCUUUCUCAUUGAUGCAAAGGGUGAAAUAUCUCUUUUCUGACAUUGGCACUUUUGCUGAGGAGGGUGUCUACUCAGCACACUUUAUUGUUUGUUUAUUCCUAUGGUGCCACCAAAAUAACCACUUACGUACAUGCCUGAUCAUAAAUAUCAACAUGUAUGUUGCCUGGCAGAGUGGGGAACCCCUCCUACAGUCUACUUACUCAUUACAUUUGAUGACAGCUCAUUCAGAGGCAUGUUUACUGCUCCUUUUCAAAACUUUCUGCAUGUGUAUAGAGAUCUUGCUUUCCCCUCUGGCUUCGGAGUCGACUUGGAUUUUGGUGGGGGGCAAAUUAACCUGUUUUCUUGUUUUUCUUCUUCCCAGGGCGAAAAUGAAGGAAAUUAACCCUCCUAGUGUGAAAAGUGGGAAUCCCAGGAGUAAAUGCAGAAAUGUUAGCUGCCACCAGAGCAGGGAAAUCACUCAUCCCCUAGGCUAACUUCAUUCAGCACUACAGUCUUUCACUUGCCUCAUACCGACAUAUCAUAGAUGUCUAGCAGACUCUUGACCAUCUGUUUUAGGGAAACUGUGUGCAGCAGAGCUCUGUCUGUCCCCGUCCCCCCCACCUCCUUUGUGGCUUCCUUCCUUCCCCAUCUUCAAAGCCUUCUGAGCGUGUGGUUUGGUAGCCGUGUUAUAGCACAGUCGUGGUUGAAAUUGCUGGUUAAUGUCUUCUGCCCAUUAGCAUCAGCACUUGAGAUCCCUAAAAAUGGUGGACUUUUUUUUUUUUUAAGAAAAAAAGAGAGACAAAAUAAAACAACUUGUUUCAACU